AUGCUGAAGUUGGAAGUUGACUAUAAAGUGAGUACAGUGGAUCUUGGAUCCUGCGGGAUUCACCCUACGAGGCUUGAUGAGAUUUCGUCUGUUUCUGAUUAUGUGCAGCCAUUGAUGGAUUUCAGGGCCUCUCUGCCUGAUGAUGAAAGGGUGGUAUUGAUUGGACACAGUUAUGGUGGUAUUCCUAUUUCUCUUUCCAUGUGGAGUUUCCCUGAAAGUAUUUCUAUUGCAGUCUUUAUCACAGCCUACAUGCCAAUUGUCAAGAUCCCCCAGCAUCUCUUAUUCAAGAGUAAGAAGAGAUUGUGGCUUAAUCAUUAUGCGUUGCACGCAGGAUAUGGAAUUGGCCAAGAUGUUGAUUAG